CCCCACAAUUUCACUGUCACCUUCCCCCGCGUCCCUCCCCUCACCCCGGCGCUCCCGGCCCCAGCUCUCCCGAGGAGGACCCCAAGCAUCGGCGCCACCUGAUGCGGUUCCCCCUCAGCAUCCCCGGGCGGACCCCGAGGUGGGGCGGGCCCCCCCGAGGGCAGGCCGGGCCGGGGGAAGGGGAGGGGAGGCGCGGCGGCCGUCUGUCUGUCUGUCUGUCCGCCCGCCGUGUGGCUCCGUCCCCGGCUUUGUUGUGCUCGCCGCCCGGGCUCCGGGCGAGGGGGCGGGGAAGCGGAGGGAAGGGAAGCGGGGAAGGCGGCCGUGUCUCCUCCUCCGCGGACCCGGCCCCGCUCAUGGCGACGCUGGGCACAUCCGGGCUUCUCCUCCUCCUCCGGCGGCAGCCGCUGCCCUGAGCGCCCGGCCCGACUCCAUUAGCGCCUCCCCUCCCCCUCGUCUCCCUUCCCGGACCCAGAGGCAGGGGGAGCCCCGGGCAAGGCAGCGCCGAGCCCGCGGAGCGGCCGGGGACAUGUCCAACCAAGGGGCCCGGCGGAACGGGCCCGUCAAGCUGCGACUGACAGUACUGUGUGCAAAAAACUUGGUGAAAAAGGAUUUUUUCAGACUUCCUGAUCCAUUUGCUAAGGUUGUGGUGGACGGAUCUGGCCAAUGCCAUUCUACAGAUACUGUGAAGAAUACACUUGAUCCAAAAUGGAAUCAGCAUUAUGACCUAUACAUUGGGAAGUCAGACUCAAUAACAAUCAGCGUGUGGAAUCACAAGAAAAUUCAUAAAAAGCAGGGAGCUGGUUUUCUGGGUUGUGUGAGACUUCUUUCAAACGCAAUCAACCGCCUUAAAGACACUGGUUAUCAGAGAUUGGAUCUGUGCAAGCUUGGGCCAAAUGACAAUGAUACUGUUAGAGGACAGAUAGUAGUAAGUCUUCAGUCCAGAGACCGAAUAGGCACAGGAGGACAAGUGGUGGAUUGCAGCCGGUUAUUUGACAAUGAUUUACCGGAUGGGUGGGAGGAACGGAGGACUGCUUCUGGAAGGAUCCAGUAUUUAAAUCAUAUUACACGAACAACUCAGUGGGAGCGACCAACGCGGCCAGCUUGUGAAUACUCCAGCCCGGGCAGACCUCUGAGCUGUUUUGCGGAUGAGAACACUCCAAUUACAGGAACGAAUGGUGCGACCUGCGGGCAGUCGUCAGAUCCCCGGCUGGCAGAGAGGAGAGUCAGGUCACAGAGGCACAGAAACUACAUGAGCAGGACACACUUGCACACUCCUCCCGAUUUACCUGAAGGAUAUGAGCAAAGGACGACUCAGCAAGGUCAGGUCUAUUUUCUGCAUACUCAGACUGGUGUUAGCACGUGGCACGAUCCAAGAGUACCUAGGGAUCUUAGCAACAUCAAUUGUGAAGAGCUUGGUCCACUGCCUCCUGGAUGGGAGAUCCGAAAUACAGCAACAGGGAGAGUUUAUUUUGUUGACCAUAACAACAGGACAACGCAGUUUACAGAUCCACGGCUAUCUGCUAACUUGCAUUUAGUCUUAAACCGCCAGAAUCAACUUAAAGAUCAGCAGCACCAGCAGCAGCAGCAGGUAGUGUCCCUUUGUCAGCUUCCAGAUGAGGCAGAGUGUCUGACUGUGCCGAAGUACAAGCGAGACCUAGUGCAGAAGCUCAAGAUCCUGAGGCAAGAGCUGUCACAGCAGCAACCUCAAGCUGGCCAUUGUCGUAUUGAGGUCUCUAGGGAAGAGAUCUUUGAGGAAUCCUACAGGCAAGUCAUGAAGAUGAGGCCAAAAGACCUGUGGAAACGAUUAAUGAUAAAGUUUCGUGGGGAGGAAGGCCUUGAUUAUGGAGGUGUUGCCAGGGAGUGGCUCUACCUAUUGUCACAUGAAAUGUUGAAUCCAUACUAUGGUCUCUUCCAAUACUCCCGAGAUGAUAUCUAUACGCUGCAAAUCAACCCAGACUCUGCAGUCAACCCGGAACACUUAUCCUAUUUCCAUUUUGUUGGACGGAUCAUGGGGAUGGCUGUGUUUCAUGGACACUAUAUUGAUGGGGGCUUCACGUUGCCUUUCUAUAAACAGUUGCUAGGGAAGCCAAUUACUUUGGAUGACAUGGAAUUGGUUGACCCUGAUCUUCAUAACAGCUUAGUCUGGAUACUUGAGAAUGAUAUCACAGGAGUCUUGGACCAUACGUUUUGUGUAGAACACAAUGCAUAUGGGGAAAUUAUUCAGCAUGAACUGAAACCCAAUGGCAAAAGCAUCCCUGUGACAGAGGACAACAAAAAGGAAUAUGUCAGGCUUUAUGUAAACUGGCGGUUUUUACGAGGAAUUGAAGCUCAGUUUCUGGCUCUACAGAAGGGAUUUAAUGAAGUAAUCCCACAACAUCUGCUGAAGACAUUUGAUGAGAAGGAGUUAGAGCUCAUCAUUUGUGGACUGGGGAAAAUCGAUGUUAAUGACUGGAAGGCAAAUACCAGGUUAAAACACUGUACCCCAGACAGCAACAUCGUGAAAUGGUUCUGGAAAGCUGUGGAGUUCUUUGAUGAAGAGAGGAGAGCGCGACUGCUCCAGUUUGUGACUGGCUCAUCCCGAGUGCCUCUGCAAGGCUUCAAGGCUCUACAAGGUGCUGCAGGCCCACGACUGUUCACAAUACACCAGAUUGAUGCCAGCACUAACAAUUUGCCGAAAGCUCACACCUGCUUUAACCGAAUAGACAUUCCUCCUUACGAAAGCUACGACAAGCUGUAUGAGAAGCUGCUAACUGCCAUUGAAGAAACAUGUGGGUUCGCUGUGGAAUGACCCUUCCCAGCCUUACCUGAGACUCUAUUUAUACUCCUGUCAGCCGGAAAGCCCUUCCCUCAGCCAAGACUCAAGAAAUGCUUGAAAUACAGGAAAACUUUCCCUUUUCUACACUCGGACACUGGGAGGGAAAGGACAACUUUGGAAUUUUUGUUUCUAUUUUUAAUUUUUGGGUGUUGUUUUUUUUUAUUCAAGAAAAUAGGUUCUGUGGUUCCUGCCAUAGGAUCAUUCAGCUGCUAUUAAAAACUAAUAUCUUGAACAUACAGAAUGCUGACUUUUCCUACAUUUCAACAGUUAAGCAGUAUUCUAUACUUAAAGACUACUACUAUUUUUGUAAAAGGUAAUCUAUUAUAUUUGCCUACCUGAUUCCUAUUCUCAGAUACCAAGACACAACUUCAGCAGUCGGUACAAGUCACGUUUCAGCCUGUUUUAAAUGUAUGAUACUGAACAGCAUCUAUACCUGCUAUUUUUGGAGAAAAAAAAACUAUUUUGGAUUAUUCUAACUUUGCAUAAAAUUGGCUGAAAGAAUCAUUACUCUUUUUAAUUAAAGCCACUUACAUGUUAACUGCAUUUUCUUAUAGUAAAACCAUUAUAUUCUGCAAUGUAAAUUCAACGUAAAUGUUGCCACAGGGGGCUUUUUUAUAUUUUUCAAGCAUGAAUUACAAAUAUGAUGUUUUGGAGUCCUAUUUAUAUCAGUUGUCAGAUUCCUUAAACAAAGUUUCUAGUGUGAGUGACACAUGCUGGAUCUGGUACAGCCCUUGUGUUGCCAUGUGGGAUAGACUUUUUUAAUGAACAGUAGAUGUUUUGAUUUUUUUAAACCAGCAUUUUUCUAACAAGUCUGUUGAGGAUUUUUUUGUUGCUUUUGACUUUAAACACUGCGUUUUUCAACCUUUAAAGCAUGCUGAUGAGGUGGUAUUUGACAGCAGAAGCCUGUCAGCAGUUCGCUUCAGAACCCAUCCUGUCCAGUCAACCAAAGUUUGUUUGAAUGCAGCCAAAUCACAUUAUAUAUUUGUUGAUGCUAAAGAUUUAUCAGGUAAAACAUGUUGUAAUCUUUGUCCAGCUGCUCAUGACACGUGGGUUUAAGUUACAACUAAGGAAAAAUGGUGUUUUAACUGAAAUAUAUGUAAUGUGCUUCAGAAAAUGAGGUUUUAAAAGCACAUAAUUUAUUGAUUGUAGGGAUGGAAGUAAGUAUAUAUAUGAAUUAUAACAUGGGUUGAUCUCUUCAAAGGGGAAUAAAAUGCACUACCAGUAGAGGGAACUGAACUUUGAAGUUAGUGUGGAAAUUCUCAGUUAAGAUGUGUAUGAUCUGCUCAUGGUGUGUAGAUAAAUCAGUCUGCUUAAGAGAUGGUGGCAUUCUCCUCUCAGCGGUGCGAAUAUCUGGAGUAAGUAGCAUGUUUUUUUUCCCAAUCAGUGUUGUGUUUUUGUAACUUAGGUUACAAUUAAUCAUCAGACCUGCACUAUUUUUACAUUGCCAAUGAGAAGAAAGUCGAGGGUAUUGAAAAUGCUGAAAGAAUGGGACGUAAACAGCUGUUCCAUUUUUGCAGUGGAAGUCACACAGUGAACUGGCUAAUUUUCUGUCUGUUCUAUGGAGCUUGAACUUAAUUUUGUUCUGCCAAAUCUGACUGCCACAGUGAGUAAACUACUACUGGAUGUUGUGUGUUGGAAUAGCAGGCAAUGGACUGCUUUUGUAGAAUUGUGGUAAGAGCCAAAUCCACAUGUUCAUUUGAUUAUUUUAUAUUUUGUUUUAUACAGCUGUUGCUGGAAGGUUUGUUCUAAGAGACUUGCUUCCCAUUUGGGGCUGGCUGCAGAGAUGAGGCUACUUAGGGAUGCAGACGUAAAGCCAAGAAACUUAUUUUGACAGCCAGUUUGAAAUACAUCAGACCCCUUUUUAUCUUCAAGGGACUCCUGCACUCAUGUAAAAUGGCUGGUACUUUGGCAUCUACAGCUGGGGUCCCUUCAGGUAACGCUGUCACCAGAGAAGCUGUAACUACAUCUUCAGGGUUGCCUGGGAGAGCAAAGGAGGUUCUUGUGCAGCGUAUUCCUUACUUGGAACUGCUGCUGGUGGUUGGGGACCACUGCUUUAGACGCUCCCAUCAUCUUUACCCACCUCCCAGGAAUCUGCUCCCUGUCAGCCUGCUUAGGCUGGUAAAUGUAUUGAAUGACUGGUUAUGGCCACCCUUAUAUCAUAAAAGCAUUUGUGAGGAGGGAGGAGAUGAGCUCUGCAGAAUAUGGACUCUAGAUCAGCUGAUGGACACCAUUCACUUUCACAGCAGCCUUAGCAGUACAUCUGUCUGUUCUACCAAACAUUUUGGUUUGGUGUAGGGAAUUAUUUUUAACUGCCACAGAUAAAUAUUGUAAAUUUAAUAUAUUACAGGCAAAACUAGAUAAAUCUACAUUUGACUUCCAUAGCUGACAGAUGAGGAUGAACAUACCAAGUAUUUUGAGUGCCUUUCUACCUUCAUAAUAACUUGAGAGCUUUAACUAAAGCACCUCAUCACCUAGUCAGAUGUUUAUCUGAAAACGUUCAAGGGUUGAACAUCCUUUGCAAAAUUUAUUUUAAGGUCAUGUCAGCUACUUUCCCCUCAAAAAGGUGCUAAGCCUAAUACAGCAUUUUAACCUUGGACUUUCACCCCAUGAUUAAUGUGAAUAUUUAUUUCAGUGUGUCCCUCUUACUGGGUUUUACUUUAUCCAGUCUUUAGUUGUUUUAGAGAGAUGUCACAUCAUGGUUUUAUGCUGUUGCUUUUCAUGAUGAAUGUUUAAUUAUGAACAGUGACUUUUGUAGAUUUCAAAUAUACAGUUACACAGGUGAGUUUCAGAGGAUUUAAUUUCUCGGUGUAAAGAGUUUUGUAAUGGUGCUUUGUACAGUAUGUAUUCUAAUCUUUUUUUUUUUUUUUGCACAUAGUUUCAGUUUCCCUGAACUGAUUUUAUUUGUACCAAAUUUUUGUGUUGUACUAAAGUCCAGAGCACACAACCUGUUUUUAAAUCCUUGUUCUACAACACUACAUCUGUAUUCAACUUCUGGUGCGUUUAAACUGGCUGCAUUGAUGGAAGUAAAGCUUUGCUUCUAUAUCAUAAGUAUGCAUCAUACAGCUAAAUGUAGCAUGCUCUGACUGCUUCAGAUUUUAAACAGCACCAUAUAGUUAACAGGUGCCAUUUGUUGUACUUUACACUAUAUAGUAGGUUUCUGGCUCUGCCUCAUCCUCAGAGCUUUGUCUGUAGUUGUAAUUAGUUUAUACAAGUGUAAUUACUCCUCCACAAACUGACAGUUCUUAGUUUAUCAUUUCCAUUGUAUUUAUUACAGAGUGUUUUAGCAUUGGUAUCAUUGUAUUUUCACCCAGCUGUUACAUGAGCUUUAACAAAAAACAAUCUGUAUAAAAUGGUUUUUAAGUACUUAAUGUAUGUACCCAUGCAGAAGUUGAGCAAUAAAUUGUAUGCUGUUUGCACUGUCACAGCAUAAAUGGUUUUAAAA